GCUAACACAGUUCAUGUGCCUCUGAGGAAAAGCAUGGUGGCACCCGGCAUAACCAACAGGCGAAAGAAACUCCUGUGUGAAAAUGGCACUCCAGGGCCGCCGUUUCAAUUAACUAUAGUUAAACUAACGGGUUAAUUAGCGACCCAGUUUACAAAUGGACUUAUCGAGAAGGUGAUUUUUUUGCUACAGUGGCUGCAGUAAGUCAAAUACACCAACAGAAAAAAAGAAAGUGAAAGAGGGCACAAGAAAGCGCCACAGAAAAGAAUACUCCACCUCCUACUAGUUUUCGCUAAGCGAUUAUAUCCUUUUCAAUCGUUGUCGCCAUUUACGUGGUAUGUCCGGUGGCACAAAAUAGAUAGACAACUUUAAAGUAAACUUAAUUUAUUAAAACUGGGAAGCGACGAACUGACUCGCAAAACGCGUGACAUGCACCUUAUCCUACCCCAUCAACCGCUAUAAUAAAACACUUUACACAUUAAAGCAGGUCCAGCUACAGGUAUAUAGCUUGUAAACUGUCCUGCAUUUCGGUUAGCCUACUUAAAGUUAGACGAAGCAAUGUCGGGAAGACGGUUUGUUGUUCUUACAUUGUGUGCAGCUUUACUUUUUGUCGCCGUUGCGGAUAACUGCGAGUCUUACACAGACGUUUUUAAUGUACGACACUCUUUCCGGCGUUGUUUGGAAUCUGAGUUCUGCUGUGGUCAGUGUUCAAACCGAUACUGCUGCUCCAUAAAAGCAUUUAAACUGGAUGACGAUGCACAAGAAAAAUGUCCACUAAGAAGAGAGAAGAGAGCGACCUCUGGUAUGAUGAUUGCUGAGAUAAUCCCCUGCGUGAUGUUCUCCUUGUUCUUCACCCUGUGCUUCUGCAUGAUGUGUCCCCGAUGCUGGCUCUACAAAAAGUGCAGAAGCCCCAUGUUCACAGGAUAUGUGACAGAGCUGCCACCAAGCCAGGCCCAACAGAGGGGCGCAGACCCAGGGUACCAGCAGGUGGCCAGGGUCCAGCUUAUCCCCACAGCUUCAUACCAGGCACAGCCCUACCCCCCAGCAGGACCACCACCUUCCUACCAGGAGAUAAUGAGGGGUACGCCUGGAAUAAGGGCAGGGCCAAGGUCGCUGAGAACAUCUGAGGAGGAUGUCGUUCACUGUCAGCUCUCAGGCAGAAUUAGUUUUAGAGAACGUACCCACCUCCCCAGGCACCCUAUACCCAAGCCGGGUACAGCAUGGGGCAGCUGGCGUACCCUCUCCAGCCUCCAGCCCCUACCAACUACCCUCCUGUGCCUCCCGUCCAGAUGGACUACAGCGCCACACAACCUCCCUACAACCCCACACAACCUCCCUACAACCCAGCUUUCGUGGACCCUCCCCGGACGGGUCACUGAGGGGAUCACUAGCACCCUCUUUCAUGUCUGUCCCGGUUUUGACUUUGGAUCUAUUUCUGGCAGGAUAACGAAGUGGCAGAGCACAACCAGGAAUGUUCCAGGGAGGGGAAGUACGCUAGAGUAGGCUGCUCCUGCCACGAAUUAGAAAAUAUUUGAAAUAGCGUUGUAAAAACAGUCUACAAAAAUAGUCUGCAAAUAGGCUAUGAGAGGACUUCCUCACCACAGGCCUACCUACAUCCAAAAACAUAUCCACAGUAACCAUGUUUCACUCUCCAUUCCCUCUCUCCCUCCUGGCUAUUUAUUUAGCUACAUGGGUGCAUAGAGGAGUCGGGCCACAGGGGCAUUGGCCCUUGAUGAUUGGCCCCUGGCAUGCCCCUCCCCUGCCACUCACCGAUUCAAAACAUAUUAUUGGCUAAUGAUAAGGUUGGCCCCUCUGUAUGAAUUAUGCCCUCUCUUAUACCCCCCACUUUAAAAAAUACUAAAGUCUCUCCUGAUUAGCUGUCUAGCUCCUAGUUUCCGUCACAAGUCUGCAUUUGUACACUCUGUUGAGGGCCAAAAUCAUUCUUAAAAUAAAAGUUUGAGACAUGAUAUUAGAGAACAGGCUAUGAAUCAGUUCUGUCUUUAAAGAGAGAUGGCUCAGGUCCAUUUGUUGACAACAUUUGUUGUUUGCCUGUCAGUUAUUGUCAGUGAAAAUGUCUGUCUAUAAUGUUUGCAUUUCUUGUGCUGCUGCAUUGUGGCUUUAAAGAAAACUUGCCGGUAAGGAUCAUGAGCAUCUGGAGGGAAUUAAUUUAUGACAGUGGUGGUUCUGGGCAAUGUAACGCUUACAUUUGCAUGACUGUACACAUUUGGACAUGUUAAGUGUGAUGGAUUGGAGAUUAUCUCCAAAUCUCAAACACUGAAGGGACUGCUGCUUAAAAACAUGUAGUAAAUAAAAGUGAGAAUGGAUAAAAUUUAAAGUUCAAUUAGACUGCUGGAUGCAGCAUUGGUAACCUCACUGAAAGCUGAAAAACCUCAUGCAUCACGGUAUACGGGUGACGUACUGGAGUGUGUUUCUGUGCAGCCAAUCACACCUUCAUACACCUAAUAAGAGAAGGUGUCAGCAAGUUAAUAUGUCAUGUGGUCUUAAACUUCUUUUACUUUUAAUGUGUUGUGUCUGGAAAUGCAUGUUUCAUUUGCAAUAUCUAUGGCAUCAAUUCCAGAGGGUGAAUCACAGAGCAGAAUGAAGCCACUCCACCAGUCUUGUCAUUAAGCACAUUAUAAAUAAACAUAAAAUAUGCUGAGUUUCCCUGUCAGUAUCAAUAAACAACUGGAUACAGUUAACUAUAUACAUAAAGUUAUUUUAUUUAGAUUGCAGUAGAUACAUGCAGCUUGAGUUGCAAGUAAUGUGUUGUGUAUUGUAAUUAUAAACUGGUUCACAGCUAAACUCAGACGGCUACGUAGGAAAAGGAUUUCGGAAGCGGGGACUGGGAUGGGUACAAAGAAGCAAAACACAGGCUCAGCAAGGCGCUGAAGGCAGCCAAACGCCUGUAUCAGAGAUUGGAGCAGCAAUUCUCAACCAACAACUCAGCUUCCGUUUGGAAAGGACUCCACAAAUCACCAACUACUAACCCAAAACCACACAGGCCAUCAACAACCUCAGCCUUGCCACCGCUGCUAAGACAAGAAAUCACUGUGCAUUUUACCUUUUAUACCUUAAAAAGUACACGGUAAUAUCUUUUCGUAAUAUACACGCGUAUCUCUUUACAUGGCGAAUGUGUACCAGUUAUGUGCACCCUGAUUGUAUGUAUAGUAUACUGUAUAAUAAAAUUGUAUCAUCUUUAA